AUGACACUAGGCAGUUCUAUUGAUAUAGCUUCAACACCCAAGGGUGAUUCAGAAACCGAAAGUAACCAUUCCACCUUUAACAAAAUAAUUGCAAUAUAUACCAGGGAUUUCUAUGGAAAACUAUAUGCGAUUGAAAUAAAAAAGGAAUGUACAAUCGAGCGCGAAUGGCAAGAGUUCUACGAAUUAUUUGCCUGCUUAGACGGUAAAUCUUCCAUGAUUACCAACGAUGUCAUUGAAUUUCACAUCUCGAAAGAGCUAGCAAAGAGGUAUAUUCAUGAUCUUCAAACGCCAAUAAAAAUUAGUGAGUACCAAAAAGAAGGCGAGCAGCAAAUUAGAGGUUGUGUUUCAAAAGUCGAAGUUGCUUCCGCAUUUAAUGAUUGGUUUAUAUAUCAUGUUCUAGAUGGAUGCCGCUUAGAAAAUAACUCAUUUCCUCUAAUCAGCCAUGACAUUAAAUAUGAUGAGAUGUUUACUUCUUUCUUCGAGCAGCAGCUUAAGAACUCUGUUGUUGAUGAGAAAUGGUAUGAAACAGGUAGAGAAUACUUUAAAUCUCGUGUUAGGUAUUUUACACAAAGAUACAGACGUAUUGAGUGUAUUUUACCAGCAUUUCCUUGUAAGUCGUCAAAUAAAAACAAGGUCUUUUCAACAAUCCCCGACAAGGGAGAAGAAUUAGCAUUGAAAAGACUAAUAUUUGCGACACAGCAGGUACGCUCCUUCUAUCCACCUGGAAUGAAAGUUUGGAUUGUUAGUGAUGGCCAUGUGUUUUCUGAUUGUAUUGGAGUCGAUGAUGAAGUGGUAUCAGAGUAUACUUCACAAUUGCAUACCCUGUACAAAAACUUGUCGGCACAAGAACCAGAUGCAAUUGGAUUUUGUGGGUUAAAAGAAUUGCUUUUUGAAGGUAAAUCUGCUAAACUAUUUAAAUCUGAAUGGGUUGCCGAGGUUGAAAUGGAACAUCAUACGGGAACUAACAUUUGCAAAUACUCUGAUUUGUGCAGACAAAUUCUGAUGUGCGGCUGUGAUACAGAUGCCGGGCUGUUAAAAAAACAAAUUUCAACUCCAGGCCACCCUAGACUGUUUUUGUUUAGAGGAUUCUCAAAGUUCAUGAUGGAAGAUUUAGCGCUAUUACCAUAUUUCCAAAACUCGUCUAGAAAAGCAUUCAAAAAAACAAUUUCUAAAAUUGCCUUCAACAUGAUUAAAAGAAACGACGCCUAUUCCAAUUUAGUAGAAUUGGUUUUUCCAAAUCAUCUGAGAAUUUCGAUCCAUGCUCACGUAAAUAGCGGCCCCAAAUUUGGUAUCAAGGUGAUUGCUCCUGAACAAUGCCGCACUAUUAAGAGCUUGGAAAACAUAGAUGAACCCAAAUUCGAAGAUCUACUACACAUUCCAACACCCUGGCAUAAUUGCAUUGUCAAGAUAGAAAAAGACUAUGAUAAUGGGAAUGAACUGUAUAUGAUCAAGUCAAAAAUUAUAAAGGAUGUUAUCGAUCAGGGCAAGUACGUCGGAUAUUGGGAACCGGGAAACAUAGAAAAAGGGAAAGGAGGGCAUUUCAUUCUGAGAAAGACAAAACCAUAA